UUUUUUGUGAUUUUUCCCAUUUCAUAUUUCUCGAUUAAUGAUCGAUUAAUCAAAAGGAAUAUCAGAGAACGUAAAUUAAAUUUUACGUUCUAUGUGAAAACGACGAAAUGAGUAACAAAACAAAAAUAAUUUUCUCUAAAUUUUAUAAACAAAGUGCUAGUUCUACAAAAUAAAACACCCGAGAAAGUCAUUUGUUCUGCGACGUAGUAUUGUUCUUAAUAAACUGGAACUUUAAAAAUACAGUCAAAGCCAGCGUGCAGAUAGUCGGAAUAUACAAUAAACUAAUCACAAUUAUAUAGAAACAAUAUUGAGAAAGAUUAAAUUCAUUAAAUCAUAUUGCGACCCAUGUGGAGGUGAAUUAAAGCAAACGAGUAUCCCUGGAAGUGACUAAGAAAAGUAUACACCCGUUUCUCGAAUAAAGGGUGGGAAAAUUGCACUCGGUUAGAUUUUAGUACAAGGGGCAGUUUAUUACACGCAUCGUUGGAAAAAGCUUCAAGAUGGUUGAACCCAUUUUCGACUAUCAAUUUCGUCUAAUUCUUAUUGGCGACAGUACGGUGGGCAAGAGUUCGCUCCUCAAAUUUUUUACAGAUGGCAAAUUUGCAGAGCUAUCGGACCCUACCGUAGGAGUGGAUUUUUUUGCCCGCUUAAUAGAAAUGAAGGAUGGUACGCAGAUAAAGCUCCAACUAUGGGAUACGGCUGGCCAGGAACGUUUUCGAUCAAUUACCAAAUCGUACUAUCGAAACUCUGUUGGAGUAUUGUUAGUAUAUGACAUCACUAACUAUGCUAGCUUUGAACAUAUUCCGCUUUGGAUGAUGGAGGCUCAACGUCACAUUGAACCACAUCGACCUGUUUUUGCGUUAGUUGGUUGCAAGCUAGAUCUUGUUAACGCAGGCGGCCGGCGUGAAGUAGGCACUGAUGAGGCACAGGCUUUUGCAAAGCAACAUGGCCUACAUUUUGUUGAGACUUCAGCCAGAAAUGGCGUUAACGUGGAAGAAGCCUUUCGUAUGGUGACACAGGAGGUGUAUGCACGAAUACGAUCAGGCGAAUACAAAGUCGAAGAUGGUUGGGAUGGUAUAAAAACUGGAUUUGCCAGACCAAAUAGUUUAGAUUUUAAUUUGGUUAUGGCAGAACCUGAAAAGUCAUCUUGUUGUUGAUGUGAUUGUAUUCGAUGGGCUUCUCCUGUUGGGGAAUGGUAUAAAUAUUACGUUUUCAAGAUUAUAGAAGACUUAAUUUUAUUUUAAA